AUGAUCGUUUCUAACAGUCCGGAUGACGGCAAACCGACGAUGCUUGACAAGAUCGUGCGCAGCAAUUGUGUUCUUAAUGGUCCUGUGUACGUGAUGCGCGUCGACUUGGCUUUGGCGCACUACCCGCGGACGUGA